GACUAAAAAAAACACACAUUCGUCAAUAAUAAUAAUACUGCGGCUUUAAAAUGAAAAUAGAAUACCACAAAAUACAAACGUCCAUACAUACUGACACAUCAGAAUAUGUAUUUGUUCUGGAGGAAUCUGAUGAGCUAUAAAGCGCUUUUUUUCACUUGGCGGGUCAGAACGUAACAACAACAAACAAUAGGCUAACAAGAUAGGAGUGCAAAGCGUCGUAAAGGCAAACGCAUUACUUCAAAAAUAUAUAUAUACACACAAAUACAACUAAAACUAGUUUUGUAUCUUACCAUGUGCCCACAUACAUCGGUAUACAGCAGCAGCAGCCGCCGCCGUUUGCCAGCAAAGUGGCGGCCACGUAGCCACGAUUCUCGUGCCAGACUCGAAGGUGCGCCCUGAGGCUGUCACGUGAUGUGACGGAAGACUCACUGGGCCACGUGUAAUGAUGAUGGGUUGACUCGCGAGAUGACUGGAACGUCCACACACGUACACCGACAACGCCUUUGCUAAGCGUGAUGCCCCGUGCCGUGUGGCUGUACAGGAAUUGUUAACAAUGUCCGCAUGCUGAUGUUAAUUAUUGAACGAGAACGAUACGGGGACUCCUCUACUUACGAACGAGUUAGGUUCCAGAGAUCUGUGUACGUAAGUCGAUUUGUUCGCAAGUCCAAACUUUUCUCCUGUCGAUUCCAAACACGUUGUGCACGGCGUGUGUACACUAAACGCGGGGAAUGGCUUUAAAAGAUGUGAUGUAGAUGGUGAUGUAGAUGCCACUGGUUCGUCUUACUACGAUCUGAUCAUUAUCAACCCCACAGUGGCAGCACAACAACAGACAAUGGCUGCGGCCCAGGUAGAAAUGCUGGGAAUUCUGGGUAAUGAACGGGAAUUCUGGGUGAUGAACGGGAAUUCUGGGUAAUGAACGGGAAUGCUGGGUAAUGAACGGGAAUACCGGGGAAUUCCGGAUAAUGACACCAAACAACCAUCGCCAUCUAUUGCACGGCGGUUGAACUCACGACUCUCGGCCCGAACAGACGGUACAAAGCAAGAAAUUAAUCCAGCCGGAAGAAAACAACAACAACGACAACAACAACGACAACAACAACGACGACAACAACAACAACGACGAACAGACAAGGCAGAACGACGGAGCGGGCAGACCCCGACGGUGCCAGGCCCUGACAGCAGUGGCCCGGGCAUUGUGGGUUUCGAGGCGCGGGAGGGGGCAGCGGCGAGGGUCGGCCCAUCCAUGGAGGAGACGGAGCCGCCGGGCGGCGCGCUGCGGCGUCUGCCGUGGCUCGUGGCCACGUCGCAGCUGCUGGGCCUGCUGUGCGUGGCGCUCGGCGCCGUGUGGACGGCGUACUUCCGCGGCGGCUUCGCCUGGGAAGGCGACCUCCUCUUCAACGUCCACCCGCUGUGCAUGGUCAUCGGCAUGGUGUUCCUCUACGGGGAAGCCAUCCUCAUCUUCAGGAUCUUCAGGAACGAGGUGAAGAAGUCCGUGAAGAUCAUACACGGCAUCGUUCACGUCGGCGCCCUCAUCGCCGCCAUCAUCGGACUGGUGGCCGUGUUCGACUUCCACCAGACGAAGGGCUUCCCACACCUCUACAGCCUGCACAGCUGGUGCGGCCUGGGCGUGGUCAUCCUCUACUUCGUGCAGUGGCUGCUGGGCUUCGGCUUUUUCCUCUUCCCGCGGGCAGCGCCGGAGUCGCGCUCCGCCUACCGCUCCAUCCACACCUUCUUCGGCCUCGCUCUCUUCGUGCUCUCCGUCGCCACGGCAACGAUGGGUCUCACCGAGAAGCUGAUCUACGCCAUAGGGGACCGGUACGGCGAGUACCCGGCGGAGGGGAUCCUCGCCAACUGCCUGGGCCUGGCACUGAUCGGGUUUGGUGCCGCGGUGGCCUACGUGGUGACGCGCGACGAGUGGCGCUACCGGCGGCACGACGGCGAGGAGGCGCCGCUCUCGCUGCACUUCCAGCGGUUCAGCGACGAGCGCGCCGACUGAGCCACACGCUCCUGCCUGAGCCUCAGAAUCACUCACUCACUCACCCCCCUUCCUUCCCUCUCUCCCCCCUACCUCCGUCUCCUCCCUCUCCUCUCUUCC